CAAACAUAUGAAAUCUUUGAAGGCUGUCCCCCUCUUCCUCCGCUGUGCACUUCGAAGCUGUCACAAGCUGUGGCACUCGCUCGACCAACACCCUGUGCCUUCCUUUCCUGCUCGCUUCGUCUCUGUUCGAUAGAAGGAUGAGGAAAUCGAGAUCAAACGGCAUGGUGGGUGGGAGGGAGAGCCAGAGCUGCCGGAUGACAGAGUGGGAGCUCCGCCCCGGAGGGAUGGUGGUACAGAAGCGGAGCAACGUGGCUGGCAUGCCGACCGAGCCCCUCAUCAAGAUCAAGGUCUCCCAUGGCUCCUACCAGCAUCAGCUCUCCGUCCCUGCCCACUCCACCUUCGGGGAAUUGAAAAGGGUUCUGGCACAAGACACCGGUCUGCAGCCUGGAGAGCAGAGGCUGUUGUUCAGGGGAAAGGAAAAGGACGACGGUGAGCGCCUGCACAUGGCUGGGAUCGUGGAAAUGUCCAAGCUGGUCCUGUUGGAGGACCCGGCAAGCAAGGAGAGGAAGCUCGAGCGUAUGAAUCGGCAUCAGGCGUCUGAGACGAUCGCGGCUAUCGGAGCUGCGGUGGACAAGCUCGCUGCAAAGGUAUCGAGUUCGGAGACUUGCGUGCACGCAAGCAUGAAGGCUGCGGACGAAGAGUUGGCGGAUUUGACUGAGUUGCUUAUGGUGCAACUGCUGAAAUCAGACAGCGUCGAGGCAGAGGGGGAAGCGAGAACGCGGAGGAGAUUCGAGGUUCGCCGUAUUCUUUCUCAUUGGACUUGCUGAAGGCAAGAAGAAAUCUCAGUUACAACUCAACGGCAGACGUUUGAAUCUGGUUUGGUAAGCCCCGAGCGCUCAGUUACAACUCGUCCAAGUCUCCCAGGGAGGGGAUUGGAUUACCAACAACUGGGAACUCUUCGACUAGCUUACGCUAACCCUAAAUAAUCCAUCUCUCUCUCUUGUUUUUAUGCUUGUUUGCUUUCCAUCAGUUGAUCCUCCGACGUUACACUGAAUUCAGAUAUUAAUUUCUUGUACCUAUGGAUGACUUCGUGCCCAUCUUCUCUUCACAGACCCAAAUCAUAGUGUUUUUGCAUGCAGGAUGA